GCUAUGUAUUACGUAGCUGUUUUACAUGAAUUUCCAAAAUUUAAAAGAUUUCCUUUACGGGGAUAUUGGCAGAAUGUUGUAAUGUGUUUUAGUACUCUUAAGCCAACUGACGAUAGUAUAAUUGGAAAAGCAAAUGAAGAACGGAUGAAGGAACCCACAAGAGUCGCAAUAGUUUCCGAAGUAAAGUGUUCAACUUCCGAACAGCUCUGCUUCCUACCGGACGCAGAUAUACACCAUUCUAUGGUUGAAACGAACAGCUCACAGAAAAUGGAGAAAAUUUCGUCAUCCGUAGGAAUCAACACCAAAUGUUUCCUCUCCAACAAGUCUCAAAGCAGCAGCAGCAGCAGCAGCAGUGGUGGGGAUUUGCAGGAAUUUAAUUCGGAUGAUAGCGAUGUCACCCUCAACGACAUAGAAUCCUAUGCUUGUUUCGAAAACGAUCGAAUUUCACUUUGUUCCGAAACUGGACCACCUAAACAGCUCAAACGCAGACGACUGUUGCCACCGGUAAAAAAGCAAAAGUACGACUACGUUCAGUCAAAGGUAAAACAGUACGUUAAAUCGAACGCUGCACACUAG